UCUCUCUCACCCCCUCCCCACUCUCGUGGUUCACGCCCCUUCGCAUGUCUGUAUGUGCGCGUGCACGGUUUGGACGUGCGUAAGCGCGAGGAGCGCGUGAGGAAAGUUGUUGUGUUGAACAUAUAGCUGCGCGUUUGGUCCCAACAGCAAACAAAGGCAGGAAAGAGUGACAUAAAGAGGGGAUCAAUCGGAAGGAAAGGCGGAGAAAGUUAUCUUCAGCUUUCAGUUAAAAGCGUCUGUCUUCACUCCGCACUGUCAGUGGAGGUCAGGAGCGCACGCGGUCACCGCGAGGACAGCUACAGCACCGCCACCCGGAGCUUCUGGAUCCAGUUUGAUCUGAAAGACUUUCCAACAUGCAGGACAUCGAGAACUACACCAGCUUACAGGAGUUCACAGAAGACGCCUCCGCCAGAGGGAACAAGCCCAUCCUCUACCCACCGCAGGGCAGACAAGGUGUGGUUAAAGGAGCGGAGUGUUUGAGGGGUCAGGUGGCUGUUGUCCUGUUGGUGGCUCUGUUGGCGUCUCUCUGUGCGAACAUCGUGCUCGGUGUUCUCUUGACGAACAGCAGAUCCAACGGUUCCACCAUCGUGGAGAACGCAGCUGGCUCAGAGUCAGAGUCGGCCUCUCUCUCUCUGAAACUGACCGCCCUUCAGGAGCGCUUCUCUCGCCUCUGCUCCGACUACACCACUCUGGGACAAAAGUUUUCAGCAUCAGUGAGGACGUGCAUGCCGUGUCCGGAGGGCUGGACACAUCUAGACGGGAAAUGCUACUUCUUCAGUGCAGACAAACUGGACUGGAAGAACAGUAAAGAGAGCUGUGUGUCUAUGGGCAGCCAUUUAACAAUCCUCCACACCCACCAGCAGCAUGAUCAACUGCAGAAAAUAGCCCGCAGCAUCGGUGGGUUUGACUACCAUUUCUGGAUCGGCCUGACAGACUCUGAAGAAGAAGGAGUGUGGAAAUGGGUGGACGACACACUGGUCAACAAAACGUACUGGAAUGAAUUGAACGGAGAGCCCAAUAAUCACGAGUCUGGAGGACUUCAUGGUGAAGACUGUGCCGUGCUGGAGUACCACACUAAAAGCUGGCACGACGUGCCCUGCGACUUCCAUUACAAACGCAUCUGUGAGAUGGACGCCAUUACUGUAGACUGAAGCACCGCACUGUAAUGUAGAUAGAAACUCAGGAUGUAAACAGCUACAUGUUUAAUCGGUUAAUUGAAAAACUGUCACAAAAAAUGGACAAUUUUUUUUUCAAAAACUGAAUGAAUUCAGUUAACGAUACAAGUUGACUUUGCUAAUGGACAGCUGGCUAUUCCGAAUGUGGAGAGUAAUCUAAAUAGGCUUAUAGCUCAUAGUUUGUCAUACUGAGCUCUAAACCAUGUCGACAAGUCUGCACCACCUCAGUGAAGACCUGGAUGCGGUUUGAGAGGAGAUUUUUUAUGUAUUUUUACAGAAACGGUUUGUGCUGUUUAGGUGACUAUUGAUUUCUAGUAUUAGCAAUGUUAGCCUCGCUGCAGUUCUAAAUUAAAGGAGCACAAUUUGGAUCCCAAAGGUGUCUUGGCCGAUCGAGUUAAUAUGAUUCAUGAUGUAGAUUUGACUUGAACUAUUCCUUUAAAUCUGAACCUUGAAUCCAGUUUCCGGUCCUGGUUUUUGUAAUUACUAGAAGGUAUGACCAGAGAACUUGUAGAGAGGAGAAUUACCACUCUGUAAUGUCUUCUGGGUUUCUCAAACGCUAGAGGGCGCUCCUGAGAGAGCCCAAAUUGAAUGGGUUAAGAUGAAGCAUCUGAGCGAAAUCAUCGUUUAUAAAUUCUUAAACAUCUUUAAUGUAAAAGAAUACAAUCAUUUCCUGAACACAGAGCAGCAUAAAACAUUUUAACACUGCUGUUAUGUUUUUAAGAGCUUUUAAACUCGAGUUAUAGGAAUUUAAAAUGGCACCUCAUGCAAGUUCAUAAAGUCUGUGCUAACGCUAGCAUCCUGCUGCCCAAAAACCAUUUGCUGUCGAAAAAAGGAAACACACAUCUAAGUUUUCUUUUUUUUUUUAGUAAAAUACAUAUUUCUACUUUCUAAAAUUAAAGAAAAGUUCUGGGUAAGUGAUUAGAACCUAUCUUAACUUUUCGUUUUUAGCCAUUUAGCUCUAUUCACCCCAUUCAUUGAGGACUCACCCCCGGGUUCCCCUCUGGCAUAUUACAGUCAUGUUUUUGAUAUAACGGGGGAAAUAGGAAGCGGCCAGGCUCCUCAUAAUCCGGCUCUGGUAUGACAUUAGGUGGCCAAUCAGUUAUGUCAAAAAUUCACUUCAUUACGAGAGAUUACAAAACCCGCUUCACAGUCUACAUGUGAAGACAUCUGGUAGGUUAUCUGCAGCAAAGAGCUGUUCAUGUUCAUCAUACAAAAAUAGCAAAGGAAAGCCAAAAGAGUUUUAUUGAGAAAUAAAACAUGAAAUGCAAAUUCUGGAACAUGUUAAAUUGUCUUCUCACUAAUUUCCACUAUUGAUUGAGGCUAUUUUUAUUGAGCUAAUACAUUCCUUAGCAGUCAUCAGCUGUAAUGUUAUCUUAGUUUUUUAAUGGAGGAUUUCUUUCACAUCUUUCACAAAUUUCGAUUGUUAAAAAUUGGGAGAACAAACGUAGAAAAAAUUGCUGAUUUUUCACAUCCUUAAUAGAAUCCACUGUAAAACAAAUUUUGAAAGUAAUGUUCUGAUGACUUUUGUAACUUUUAAAUGUUUUGAAUGUUUUGUACCUUUUUUGCACUCUUUUUCCACAAAUAAAGAAAAUGGAAGAUCUACCAAACUGGGCUGAGUUUAA